UUUUAAAAAUUUUAAAAACCAACAUUUCUUUUUUUUUUGUGUCUCUUUUGCGCAGCAAAAAAAUCUCAGGAUUUAAGAUUUUCAAAAUUGACAAGGACAAAUUCUUGACAUAGGACAACUUUCUGUGUAAUCAAGUUUUCUCUCCUGUCAAAAAUAUUGCACAUUUUUUUUUUUAUUUUCAAUAGCUUUUAUAAUAAUACGAGUUCCUCGGAAGUUUUAAAAAAAUAAGUUGAUAAAUAAUCUAUCACGGUAUUGAUAACUUAUUUUGAUUGGUUUCCAAUGAACUGCAGUUUUUGAUAUGACGCCUACCUUGCCCGGUGAUUGUUUAUUACAAAUUUUUUCCUACCUUGCUGAUGAUAGCAAAUCCCUUUACGCUUUCUUAAGAGUAAAUCGAUUAUGGUGUGUAAAUGCCAUUAAAUAUUUAUGGAAACAACCUUUUCAAUUUGCGUUGAUCUUGAAGAGCACACCAGAUUAUACUUCGCAUCAUCGAAGAAAAACCGGAAAACUUACCGAGACUUUUAUUACAUGUUUGAUUCAUAACGAAAUUAUUUCCGGGGGUAGUAUUCAAAAUAAAAAAAGAACAUCUGCGAGAGUUCCUUUGGUAUCACCUCCAUUAUUUAAUUAUGUAGGAUUUAUUCGAAAACUUGAUCUUGAUGAUUUGGGAUUGGCAAUUGCGGAAUGGGCUGAAUAUAUUUUUUCACCAAAGUAUAAUCGAGAUGCUUCGUCCGUAAAGCUUAGGAAUGCCAUAUUUUCUGUAUUAAUACAGCAAAAAUCUACCAAAUACACAUCAAUCAAGAAUUUUCGUAAUGAUAAUUCAUUGAUCGGGGAGAUCACCAUGAAAAUAUAUAAAUUAUUGAUGAAUCAAAUUCCAAAAUUAGAUUGUCUUUCAAUGAAACCUGGGGGUACAGAUAGAUUCUUCUCAUCAACAUCGGAACUUCUUAAAGUGCAUCUGGAGAAAGGCGCAUGGUUUAAUCAUAUUACAAAAGAAAAUAUGUCGAUAAUUCACUAUCCUCGUGCCGAUGUUUGUUUGGCUAAUUUGGUUGAAUUUGAAUGGAAAAUUUUGAGAACAGAAGCGACAACUUCGGAACAAUUUUUAAUUGACCUUUCUCAAAUUUGUACUAAAAUCCAAAGGAUUGAAUUUGAUAUGAAUAAACCGUGUCGACCACAAGAUUUGUCGAUCCUCGAGGCUUUAAAAAUUUUAAUUGAAUCACAAACAUGUUUAGAGGAAUUUGAAUUGAAAAAUUGCAUUUUAGAUAGUCAUCAUAUAAUGGUUGGACUCAAUAAUCGAGUUAAUACAUUAAAAAGAUUAAUUUUUCGACAAGUGAAUUCAUUAAAAUUGGAAUUUAUUUCUGGUAUAGCAAAUUUAUAUAAUUUGGAAGAGUUAAGAUAUUAUGGAGGAAGUAUGGGGAGUAAAGACGCUUGGCCUUUGAGCUUUACGCAUUUUCCAGUAUUGAAAGUAUAUGAAAUUGAUGAUUUAUUUCCAACAGCGAUCGCAGUUAAUCCUGAUGCGAUGGUUUCAAAUUAUUGUCCAGCUUUACGAACAUUUAUUUAUAAUCAAAGAAGGUAUUAUAGAGCAGAAUCUACUAGUACAAUAAUUGGAUCAAUCGGAGUACAUUGUGAAAAUUUGCGACAUUUUGAAUGUAACGCAGAAAUUUGUUCAAUUACUAUAUUACAAUUGGCUUUUAUGGCGUCACCAAACCUUGAAAGAAUCAUUUUAACGAAUGAUAGACUAUCAUUAAAAAUUGAUGAGUUGUUAAUGAUGGCUCGAUUAAAAAAGUUAAAAUAUUUAGAAUUGAAUGGAUCAUGGAAUUUUAAGGCCGAAUCUUUAUAUCAUUUUUUGGUCUUAUCUCAACCGCCACUUUCGACAAUUAUUUUAUCAAAAAAUAGUUGUUUUGAAGAUCCUCAUCUUGAGGUUUUAUUAAAUUGUUUGGAAGGUGUUUUAACAACUUUUCAUCUUACUAAAAUGACUAAACGAUUGGGUUUAGAUAUGAGAAGACAAGCUAAAGACAAAAUCGAAAAUUUUCUUUGCAGAAGAAAAACUAAUAUUGAAGAAGAGUAAAAUAGUGAGUGGUUGUGAUGAAAGUCGAGCGGUGAUUGAUUGUGAAUGAUGUAAAGAUGUGAAGAUGUGAGACAAUUAAAAUAGAGGUUAAUAUAUUUGAUGGGUCAGUGAUUUAAUUAAUUUUUUUUACAGUGAACAAUAGUGACGACAUAGGGAAUGUCAUUUAAUAUAUAGUUUAGGUUCUUUUUUAUUGAUUUAUAAAAAAAAAAA